GGAGUGGAAGAAUGAGCAGGCGAGUCCUCUAGCACAGCAGCAGCCCAUCAGAUCAGCCUCCCUAUCAGAGCCGGGCUACACACAGCCGCUGCUCAGAGGAGUGCGCACCCUCAGCACCGAGCACGCGUACCGCUCCUCUGCCAUGUCAGUGGGACCCCCGCGGUGUAGCGUGAACGGGGGGAGCCUGGAGAGAGAGCAGAGGAGAAAAGCAUGCACAUAGAGAGCCGGAGGGACGCACUGAGCAGGGCAGAGGUUUCUCAAAGAGCGAGGCGGUGUGGAAGUAAGGAAGGAGCAGCAUGUGUAGCUCUCUGAGCCCUAAGCAGCAGCCAGCUGGCCCCGGACUUACUGACCUGCAGCAGUACAGCCAGUGGUUGGCCAGCAGACAUGAGGCCAGCCUGCUGCCUAUGAAGGAGGACUUGGCGCUCUGGCUCACCAGCAUGCUGGGUGUGGAGAUCACAGCAGAGAGUUUCAUGGACAGGCUAGAUAAUGGCUUCCUGUUAUGUCAGCUGGCUGAGACACUGCAGGAGAAAUUCAGACAGAGCGAUGGGGAACUGUCGCCACCGGGCAAGCCAAUCCCCAACCGGAGGAUCCCUUGUAGGGCGAGUGCUCCUUCUGGCUCUUUUUUUGCGCGGGACAACACAGCUAACUUCCUGUCAUGGUGUCGAGAGGUGGGCGUCGGAGAAACCUGCCUGUUUGAGUCUGAGGGGUUGGUUUUGCACAAGCAGCCACGUGAGGUGUGCCUCUGUCUCUUGGAGCUGGGGAGGAUAGCAUCCAGGUAUAAGGUGGAGCCACCCGGGUUGAUUAAGCUGGAGAAAGAGAUUGAGCAGGAGGAGAAAGCCCCCGAGCCCCCUCCUUCCCCGGCCUCUCCCACCCAGGUCUCUUCCCCCAACAAAUGCUCCUCAUGCAAGAAAAGCACUGGCAAGCUCCUGGAUGAUGCCGUAAAGCACAUUGCUGAGGAGCCUCCCUGUAAGUGUCCUAAUAAGUUCUGUGUGGAGCGCCAGUCACAGGGCCGCUAUCGUGUUGGGGAGAAGAUACUCUUCAUUCGGAUGCUGCACAAUAAACAUGUGAUGGUACGGGUGGGUGGUGGCUGGGAGACCUUUGAGAGUUACCUGCUGAAGCAUGACCCCUGCCGUAUGCUCCAGAUCUCCCGUGUGGAGGGCAAGACCUCACCCAUCUCCAGCAAAUCCCCCAGCAUUAAAGACCUCACGCCUGACAGCUACCUGGUGGUAGCAGCCCACUACAAAAGUAAGAAGUAACAGGCCAGUGGAAGAUGAGAAAUGUAAAGAAUGGACGACCAGGUGGACCUCUUUCCUUUAAUCUAUUUCACUGACAUAUAAAGCACAACUGCUACCAAGUCCCUUUAUUAAUGGUUUUGUUUAGCAUUUUACCAAAGAGUGAGCAGCUUUUCUAAGGAUGUGGCCUUCAUCCAUGCAAAUCUUGAACUUACAGAACACUCUCAUCCACAGAGGGUGAAACUGUUCUCUGGACUAAGCAAUCAUAAUCUUGAACAACACUUAAACUGCUUGUACUGUUAAUAGCUUCCUGACUGAUUUAGCUAUUCUGACACAUUGUAUCUAAACAGUGCAGAAGCUCUCAACUACAGACUGAUUGAUAUUAAGGGAGCAUGGACUGGAAUCCAAAAGACAUUAGACUGUUUUACUUGUAUAUUAUUCUCACAUCUCAGAAUGCUACGCAAUGACUCGUUGACGAUCACUUCUAGCCUGGGAUUGCGAUCAGUUUAUUUAGUGCCGAAUAUGGUGAAAUGUUUUGUUGUUCUUCUUGUCUAUCAGCGUACUUUUAUUUUGGUUAGCUGAGAUUUCUGUAUAACUAGUGCUUGAAGUUAUCUCAUCUUGUCUCCUGAAUUCAGGACUGAGCUGAGAGAAACUGCAAAGUGAAUUCAAGUUUUAAUAUCCCCCUUGAUGGGUGUGUAUACAUUUACAUUAGCUCUUCCAUAUUGAGCAAUAUUAAUGAUAAUGUUUUUAUAUAUAUUUGAGGUAUUACAAUGUCAUAUUAUAUCAAUAUUAUGCAAGUAAUUUUUUUCUGGAAGUUGCUUAUUUCAUAGCAGGUCGUUUUCUUGUUUAUACUGUUUUGGAUGAUGAUUUUUUUUUUUAUAAGAACAGAAUGAUGUAAAAGUAAUGACCUUUCCUCUACUGCAAGGACAAUCAAAUAAAUGAUGUGUGCUGUUAACAUAAUUCAUUGUGUGCCUGAUCUGGCAUAAAAAAUGUUAACUUGUUCAGUGUUAACUGACUGUAUAACAAAGACUGAGAAUAAACUUAGAAGGUGUACAAUCUCA